UCCACCUCUCUCUCUACAAAAACCUCCAAAUCUCGAUCUCCCCCCCUCCUCUGAUCUCUCCGUCGCCAAUCGACCACCAAACCCACCCCCUCUGCUCGGAGUCCUCGUCGCCAUGCGCCAUCUCCGGCCACAGCCUUCGCCGUUUCCUCUUCCUUCUCCUCCAUACGCGCCUCCAGCUCCUACCUCAGGCGAGUCCAGCCGCUGCACCAAUGGCCAGCCCCCUCCCUUCUCGUCCUCUACCGGCGAAAAGCGCCGCCGUCGACGGAGACGGCCAGCCAAGCCUCCACGUAGCCACUCCAUCCUCCGUCCUCCAGUCACCUUCUUUCUCCCCUUCAACGAACGUCCAACAGCCGCGACACAGCCUCGACUCCUCUACCACAGGGAUAACUCCGGCAAACCCCUUCGGUGUUCCAACUAUGCAACCCUUCCUCAUCGAAAAUGAAGAACCGGUCUUCAGGUUUGAUCCCGUGUUCGAAAUAUGUGUGUGAACUUUAGUAUUAUUUCUUCAUCUGUGUCUCUCUUAAGUGUGGCCACGUUUGAUUUUUGCUGAAUAAAUGUGUUGAUUUUAAGUCUGUGAUUUUUAUUCGACCCUAUUUGCAUGUCCUGCUUGAUUGAAAUUUCGUGACGCUUAACUUGAAUGGUGAAUCAAUUUGUUCGUCACUCUCUGGUAUGUGCAAACACGCCUAACUUCUUGAAACUUCACAUUUUUUAUGCCUCUUAGUUAAUAUGGGUAAUUUUGUAUGGGAAAAGCAUGUAUGUGACGAUUCGAGGAUUUUUUCGUAAAUAUUUAAUCAGGCUAAUAUGUGCACAUUUUGACUGUUUGGUUAUGAUCCUGUACCAAUUUGAUUUGAGAAAAUCAUCUUAGUAAUUAAUUUUUUAUUUUUUGGAUUUUGUCAUAAAUCUUUAAUAAGGCUAAUAUGUGCACGUUUUGACUGUUUGGGUAUGAUCCUGUACCAAUUUGAUUUGAGAAAAGCAUCUCAGUGAUUAACUUUUUAUUUUUUGGAUUUUUUCGUAAAUCUUGAAUAAGGCUAAUAUGUGCACAUUUUGACUGUUUGGGUAUGAUCCUGUACCAAUUUGAUUUGAGAAAAGCAUCUCAGUAAUUGAUUUUUUAUUUUUCUUGCCUUACUUGGUUGACAGACAUCCCCUCACACGUUAAUUAUGGUAGAUUUAGAUACCUCUUCUUGAUUCCAUUUAAUAAGUAGGAAGGAUCUCUUUUUUCUUGUUCUAUUCAUGGAAAUUUCAAAUGUUAUAAUAGGGUAUUAUUUAUUUAUGGUAACUAUAGCAUGAUUGGUGGAACAGAUUGAUUUACCCAAUCCAUUUAAGGGAACAAUCCCCUUAAUUGAUUCAUUAUAUGUUCUUCUUCCAUUAAAUAUUAUUCUUCCUUCAUUAUUUGGGAUUGUGGACGGCCCUCCUCACUAUAUAAACUCACCAUUCUCUUUCUCUAAGAGGACAAACUUCUCCUCCGCUAUUACUCCCUCUAUUUUCUCUUAAAAGUACUUUGAAGUUCUUUGGCACUUUAGAUUUCGAAAAACAUUUGUUCUUGUCCUUGCUGCAAUUGCUUUGGGUUCUAUUAUUAUUGUUUGGUGCCUAAUCGGUUAGUCUCUAUCGACGCAUUCUUUUCUUAUUUUGUAGCAUUUGUGAUAUCAAAGCAUAGAAAGCAUGUCUAUAGGAACUAAUUUAAAAUAAUUAUGAUUUUGCUUUUUUCACUGUCAUAACGAAGAUUAAAAAAAGAAAAUAAUAGCUUACUAGAGUGUACUAUAACCAGUUCUAGCUGUUUUCUUGAACAGUAGCACAUUUGGUGCAAGUUGAAGACAUUCUGGGUAUUGCUUUUUGUAUUUUCUUGUUCUGUGUUUGCUUUGUUUGACUGUCAUUUCUUGUGAAAGUUUUGUCAUAAUUGAACACAACUCAGGGUUUUACUUUUCAUAGCUAUUUUCUACUUUCUUUCUAAUAUUUUGUUGGGUUUUUGCUUUGUUUCUUGCAUGAAAAUGUAAGUUCUUCUUCCCCAUUUUCUUUUUUUGGGCCAAGGAGGGUGAGUGAUGUGGUGGGCAAAGUGGCCAGUGGGGGGUCUUUUGUUUAAUUCUUUCCAAAUUAAUGUGAAGAUAAUGUUUGAUAGAAUCUUAUUGGGAAGACAAAGUGUGUGAAUCACAUUCAGCAGAGUGGGAGAAAAGGUGAAGAAAUUUAAAUGAAUGAGAGACAACCUCAAAGGCCUUGUGGUUGUGUGGGCAUUUUCUUUCAGCUCUUUGAUCAGAACCGUAGAUUUGCCAAGACGCUAUUUCCAAAGAAACUGCUUUCACUAGCUUGCUUGAAACAAGCUUCAAAAAAGUUUGGAGGGGAUGAGAAGCAGCCAAAGCUUCAUUUGAUUGCUGAUGAGAACAGUGGGGGCUUUCCAAAUGCAAAGAAUAAUGGAAUAACCGAUAUACGUUGUGAAAGCAAGCGCGAAAUGAAAGCUCCAAGUUUGGUUGCUAGGCUCAUGGGUUUGGAAUCGAUGCCAGCAGGAUCAGGCAGUAAACCCCAAAAGGCUUCAGCUUCUGAAACUUGGAGCAAUGUGGAAGACAAACUUGGUGCUCGACCUGGCGGAACUGAUAAAGAAGAUAUUGAUUUUGAGAUGGCCGAAAUAAAGAGUUCAGAACCAGGUUUGCAAAGGUUUAGAGCUAAAUGUGCUCUCACUUAUCCUACUAGAUAUUUUUCUCCUUUGGAAGAUGAAGCAGAUUUAGUUGGGAAUUCACUUGAUCACCAUUCAACUGACAGCUACCUCUCCAGCAGUCCCAAUAGUAGCUCAAAGGACAAAGUGCUUGAUGAAUCAGUGGACUCUGUUGAUGAUGAACCACUCUUUCCAGAACCUGAUAGAGAUCUUUCGGAUUGUGAGACCUCAUUAUGCACUAGGAGGAGUUGCAGAGAACUGAUUCAUAACAUUUCUGGAGUGCUCAGCAAGAUUAAUCAGUUAAAAGGAAGCAAACUCAGCUACGCAAAACAGGUCAUUUUGAAUGCUGAACUCAUAUUUGGAACUACACCUCAACAGUAGGCUCUACCUGUAGAGGAUGGGUUCUCUUUGAGCCAUUUUCUCCUCAAUGAACAUGAAAUGUUUUUGAGUUUUCUGUGGAUGGCUUUCGGUGAGUUGCUUGGCUGUAAUGACCCAAAAUAGAUGAAUCAGCUUAAAGGAUUCACCUUUGAUUGUCCAUUAGAGUACCUAGACUCAAAAUUUUCUCUAAUCUCUGAUUCUGGUUUCAGAAUCUG